AUGCUGCUGCAGGGCAGCCCGAGCAAGCCGGAUGACUCGCUGCACGGCACCCCUGCCAAGCCCACAUACUGCGUGCCACCAAAGCACCAGCCCUUGCCCUUCCCGCUCGUCUGGCUUGCCAUCGCCAGCCUGUCAGCCAUCACCGUGCUGGGAGUGGCCCACUCUGCGCUGACCAACACCACCGGCGCGGGCAGCGCACGUGCACGCCGCCUGCUGCAGCGAGGCCACGCCGCGGGCCUGCCGCCCGGCGGCGACGGCGGCACGCAUGCGGAGCGCGGCCCGGGCGAGCGGCGACAGCAGGAGCUGCUGCUGCUGACCACGGCAGGCGGCAGCGGCGGUGGCAGCAGCGACGGCGGCGGCGACGAUGGGUGGCAGCAGGAGGAUGGCGGCGGGGAGCAGGAGGACGGCGGCGGCGGCGGCAGGAAGCGGCAUCCCGGCAGCAGGGACGGCGCGGCCAUGGACGAGAUUCUGGCCGUCAUCGGCCCCGGCGGCAGCAGCAGCACGCAGCAGGUGGAGCCAGGCGUCGACCUGGCCACCUUUGCCGCGCCCGGCACCCACUGUGCGGUCACGCCCUCGCACGGGAAGGUGGCUCUGCUGUUCCUCACCCACGGCGACCUGCCGCACGCCGCCAUGUGGACGGACUGGAUGCGGGCGGCGGCGGGCCUGCUGCCGCGGGGCGGCCUGGCGGGGCCCGACGCCUUCUGCCUCAAGCAGUGCGACGCCGCGGGCACCUGCGCGCGCCAGUGCGGCGCGGCGGCCGCCUGCAACCCGCUGUGCGUGGAUGCGCUGCGGCGGCGGCUGGGGCCCGGGCGAAGCCCCUCGGUGCUGGCCCAGCAGCACCUGUUCUCCGUCUACGUGCACGCGCGGCCCACCCUCAAGGACUACCCAGAGGGCUUGGUGUUCCAGGGGCGCCUCAUACCAGACCGAAUCGUGGCCAAGUGGGGCACGCACGCGCUGGCCGCGGCCGCCAAGCGGCUGGUGGAGGCGGCUGUACUGGACCAGCGCAAUGAGCGGUUUGUGCUGGUGGGGGACACCACGGUACCGCUGUACCACCCCGCCCUCAUGUGGCAGCAGCUCAUGCACGACGCCAGGAGCCGGCUGGACAGCUGCUGGCACGAGGACCUGCACCUGAUGCGGCGGCGGUACAACCCCACCGCCAUGAGCAGCGACCGCUUCAAGCCGGACCUGCACUGGCGCAAGUCGUCGCAGUGGUUUGUGCUCAACCGCAAGCACGCCGACCUGGUUGCCGCUGACCGCGAGGUGGUGUCCCUGUUUGGCAAGCACUGCAACGUGGGAUGGGACGAGCAGAUCAAGCGGCACCGCGACUGCAUCAGCGACGAGCACUACCUGCCCUCGCUGCUGGCCAUGCAUGGGCUGGACAAUGAGGCGAGCUGCGCACCCCCAACCAGCCAGCCAGCCAGCCGUGCCCAGCUUGCACUGCGCGCCGGGCCCCGCCGCGCCUCCCGCGUGCUUACAACCUGUGACUUCACUGGCGGCACGUACGCGUCCUGGGAGGCGGCGGUGGACACGCCGGAGGGAGGGCACCCCAAGCUGUACCAGCCGGGGCACAUCGGCGCAGGGCUGUUUGCCGAGAUUCGGCUGUCGCCGGGGCAUUCCCUGAGCGAGGCAGCCAGCGAGGCGGACCGGCAGAGCUGCGCGGGGUGGAAAGCGGCGACGCAGGCGGCACGCUCCGCGUUUGUGGAUGCCAGCUCUGUGACGGAAGGCAGCUGCCCCGCCACACUGGGCAGCGCAGACUACCUGCAGGCGGAUCCAUUUGCAGGCAAGAGCCGGGCGGCCAGCCGGGCAGGCGCCUCGGCGCUGGGCCCCCGCUGCUUGCUGCUGGCGCGCAAGUUCUCGCAGCCUGCGGCCAAGUGGGUGCACCGCCUGUACCGCAGCUGUACCGCUGAUCUGGGGAUACUGCCCUGCAGCCAGGAGCUGUCAGAUCAGGACAAAGUCUGGUGGCGGCGGUAG